UAUAGUUAAUUCGAAUAAUACCGGUGUUUGUGACCUUUUAAAUUAGUGGUUACUAUUAUUUUGAAGUGUAAAAUGGAUCAGGAAAAUAGGAUAGUUGUGUUGAUUGAUAUGGAUUGUUUUUAUUGUCAAGUAGAAGAGAAAUUAAACCCUGAACUUAGAGGUAAACCCAUAGCCGUCGUGCAAUAUAACCCAUGGAAAGGAGGAGGGAUCAUUGCUGUGAACUACUUAGCCAGAGCGAGAGGAGUAAAUCGGCACAUGAGAGGAGAUGAUGCCAAAGAGAAGUGUCCUGAGAUUCAGCUUCCAUCAGUACCAUGCCCUAAAGGAAAGGCUGAUAUUUCAAAAUACAGAGAUGCUGGCAUAGAAGUGGCAAAGGUACUUCAAAAGUUUACCACAUUAUUAGAAAGGGCAUCAAUCGACGAAGCUUACUUGGACAUAACUAUUCCAAUACAAAAAAGACUUGAAACAAUAAAUAUACACACAUUAGCAAGCAAUCUUAUGCCCAAUACAUUUGCACUGGGGUAUGAUAGUUUUGAUGACUUCAUAUCUGAUGUCCACAACUGUGGCUCUGAUUCCAUUGACUUUGACUUUGAACAUGCAAAGAAACUACUAGUUGGAGCUUUGAUAGUCAGUGAGAUCAGAGCAGCGGUUUAUGAAGAAACAGGUUACCGGUGUUCAGCGGGAAUAGCUCACAAUAAAAUAUUAGCUAAACUUGUCUGCGGUAUGAACAAACCUAACAAACAAACGGUGCUGCCAAAACAUUCUGUUAACAUGCUAUAUAGAACCUUGCCAGUAACUAAAGUUAAACACUUGGGUGGAAAAUUUGGAUCACAUGUAUGUGAAGUACUGAAAAUAAAAACUAUGGGAGAAUUACAAUCAUUCUCAGAAAAAGUACUGCAAACAAAGUUUGAUGAAAAAAAUGGAGCAUGGCUGUACAACAUAGCUCGUGGUAUAGACACAGAACCAGUUCAAGCAAGAUUCAAUCCAAAAAGCAUAGGGUGCUGCAAAAACUUUAAAGGCAAAGCGGCUCUUUUAGAUUUGGAUAGCAUAAAAAAAUGGCUGAAAGAUUUAGGUGAUGAAAUUGAAAAUAGGCUAGAAAAGGAUGCUAUAGAAAACAACAGAACGCCGAAACAAAUGGUUGUCAGUUUCACGGUCCAGCUUCCAGAUGGCAGAGAAACAAGUAGCUCCAAGUCUUAUAAUUUUUCACCUGAGGAUGAGUUGUGUGGGGAGCUGUUUACAAAUAAGGCUUUUGAAGUCCUGAUUGAUAGUACUGAAGGUUGCAAGCCAAAAGAAGGCGAAAGCAAUAGAAAGUUAAGAGCACCAAUCAAGUUUCUCGGCAUCAGUGUUGGUAAGUUUGAAGAACAUACUGAGAAUAAGAAAACAAAAAAAAUUAUAGACUACUUCAGUGCUGGGUCCUCCAGUGAGGUGACACAAAGAACUAACGAAACAGCUAAGGGAAAGGAAGAAAAAGAUCAAGAUAUAAAAACAAAAAAUAAGAAUAGUGUUGAUAAAGAAUAUGUUUUACAAAAAUUUUUUCAAGCCCAAGUUAAUAAUAAAUCGAAUAUUCCAAAGCAAGAAAUUAUUGAAUCAAGUAAUGAAAAUGUAUUAGAAUCUUCAUUAGAUAAGCAAGAAUCAUUUUUUGUGAAAUUUUUAAAGAAAGAUCAAAGUACAGACAAAUUGGGAGGAAAAAAGGAAAUGAUAGGGGAAUGUCAUGAAACUCAAACAAAUAAAAUAAAUCGCUCUAUUAGUCCUGUUUGCAACAUUGAAGAUCGUGGAGAUGAUAGUAAUGGCACUGCUCAUUCAGGAUCAACAAUCAAUGACGAAAUAAAUAAAAGCAUAGCUCUCUUUGAAGAUGAUCCAGAUGAAAUAUCUCGAGUCAGUAACAUGAGGGAACUUUUAAAGACAUCUCAUGAUGUUAAUAUUCGACAUAAAGUUAAUAGUUCACCUAAAUCGGAGGCUCCAUCUAGAACUGUAACACCUGAAGUAACUGAAAGCAAUCAUAUAGAAACAGUUGAAUGUUCUGAGUGUGGAAAAGCAGUGCCUUUAGAAAAGUUCAUAGAACAUUCUGAUUACCAUGUAGCACUUAAGUUGAGGGAGGAAGAAAGAGAAGAAUUCCGUAAAACAAGAGAGAUAAUUGUGGCUAAGAAACCAAAUGUAGAUGCAAAAAAUAAAAACCCGCAGGUAACUAAAAAUGAGGCGGUUCCUUCAAUAUCCAAAUUUUUUACAAAGUCCGAUAACACUGUCCCUAAGAUAAUGUGUUCGGAAUGUGGUGACAAAGUUGCAAAAGAGAAAUUUUCCGAACAUUUAGACUUUCACGAGGCGCAAAAAUUAAGUAGGGAAUUAAAUAAAAAACAAACGUCGAGUGCCUCUCUUAAUAAUAGUGUGAAAAGAAAGAAAGUAUCCACAUCACCUUUGAAGUCAAUAGAUAUGUUUUUUAGAUAGCAGAAGUUUUUAAAAAUUAUCUAUGUUUUACCAAAUGAACUUGCAAAAUUAUGUUAAUAUAUUUAUAAAGCAAAUUUAUGAAGUAAAUGUGUUAUGUCA